AUGACUACCGCAUUCGCCCAGAUACACUCCCUACAACGCCAGCCGGCUCCGACUCCAGAUACGCCAAGAAUCUGCACAGUCUUUGGAGAGAAUCCGAAGCUACCGAACGUGCCAGGCGGCGGUGACAAUGGUCACCGAUUUGGGGGUCUUGUAUGGGCUGUCUCGGGCCGUUUCAACGUGUUCGCGUCCGCUCCAGACGCUCCAGCUGCCGCUCUUUCGGCCGGAGAUGCCGAGGAUGAGGACGACGACUAA